CUUUGUGUUCUAUGCUUUCCCGCGUUUUUGAAGAAUUGCUUUCUCUGUGUUUUUAUUAGAAAAUUGGGUUUCUAUCGCAUAUAUUAUACCGAUAUUCGUUUGUAUAAUUGGUCGUUUUAAGUGGUUUUACUAUUUGUGAGAAUGCCUGCACCGGAACAAAUGGGUAAUCGAACACCACAACCAGAAGGUUCUCAAACUCCUCCCACGGAUAGGGGCACUCCUCACACUGAACGUUCUCGGACUCCUCAUGCCGGAAAUAUCCGUAGUCCACUACAUGCUCCCGUAACUCCUUCUAGGGCAGUUCGCUCCACACCUUCAAAGACACCUCGAAAGCUGGCUACUACUCCAGCAAAGAGUGUUGGAUCUUCAGUGGAUACACCUUUACGAUGGGGAGUGCCACGCAGAAAUAUUCAAGGCGAAAACGAAGUACCUCCUUCUCCUGCACAUAGUAUUGCCCCUACAAGUCCAGGAACAGGACUUGCAAUGAGCGAAAUUGAUUUGAGUUCUCCACUAAAUUAUGGCACACCUAGUUCCCUGGGUUCUAUUAGAACACCCCGUUCUGGUAUAAGAGGAACGCCAAUCCGAAUGAGACCUGAUGUACGUUCUGACAAAAGAAUGAGACAAGUUAACAUUGGAAUUGAAAAUGACCAACUUGAGGCAAUUCAAGAAGGAAGUGAAACAGAUUCCACUGCGCCACACUUGGUGAUUUGGGGUACAAAUGUGUCAGUGGCAGAAUGUAAGGAAAAAUUUAAACAAUUUAUUUUGAGAUUCAUUGAUGUGAAUGCUGAAGAAGAUGAAAGAACUGAUGAUAUGAAUGUAAAUGAACCGUUAUAUCUGCAAAAACUGGAAGAGAUCCAUACUCUUGAGGAACCAUUUUUAAAUGUAAACUGUGCUCAUAUAGAAACAUUUGAUUUAAAUUUAUACAGACAGUUGGUUUGUUAUCCUCAAGAGGUAAUUCCUACAUUUGAUAUGACUGUCAAUGAGAUGUUUUAUGAUCGAUAUCCGGCAGCAGUUUUGGAACAUCAGAUUCAAGUCAGGCCAUUUAAUGCUGAUAAAACACGUAACAUGAGAUCUCUAAAUCCUGAAGAUAUUGAUCAGUUAAUCACAAUAUGUGGAAUGGUGAUACGAACUUCGAAUGUUAUGCCUGAAAUGAGAGAGGCAUUUUUUAAAUGCAUUGUAUGCCAAUUUACUACAACCGUUGAAUUAGAUAGAGGUCGUAUUACUGAACCUACUCUAUGUUCUAGUUGUAAUACCAAUCACUGUUUUACUCUGGUUCACAACAGAUCUCAGUUUACAGAUAAACAAAUGAUUAAACUACAGGAAUCUCCAGAUGAUAUGCCAGCUGGUCAAACCCCACAUACUGUAAUUCUAUUUGCACACAAUGACUUGGUGGAUACUGUACAACCAGGCGAUAGAGUAACUGUCACUGGUAUUUACAGGGCCCAGUCAAUUCAAGUCAAUCCACGAAUGCGAAAUUUGAAGUCUAUCUUCAAAACACAAAUUGAUGUUGUACACUUCAGAAAAAUUGAUCAAAAAAGACUGUAUGAAGAUGAAGAUGGUAAAGAUCACCGUUUUCCACCAGAACGUAUUGAACUUCUAAAUAUUCUUGCCCAGAAACCUGAUAUAUACGACCGUUUAGCCAGAGCUAUAGCGCCGUCCAUUUAUGAAAAUGAUGAUGUUAAAAAAGGAAUUCUAUUACAGUUAUUUGGAGGCACCAAGAAGAAUUUUACUAUAUCUGGGAGAUCAAAUUUUCGAUCUGAAAUAAAUAUCUUAUUGUGCGGUGAUCCAGGUACAUCAAAGUCACAGCUUCUGCAGUAUGUCUACAACUUAGUACCUCGUAGUCAAUAUACUUCAGGAAAGGGCUCAUCAGCUAGUGGUUUGACAGCUUAUGUAACAAAAGACCCGGAAACUCGACAGCUUGUGUUACAAACGGGUGCUUUGGUACUGGCUGAUAAUGGAAUAUGUUGCAUCGACGAAUUUGAUAAAAUGAAUGAUUCUACAAGAAGUGUUUUACAUGAGGUUAUGGAACAACAAACGUUAAGUAUAGCAAAGGCGGGUAUAAUUUGUCAAUUAAAUGCUAGAACUUCGAUAUUAGCUGCUGCUAAUCCAAGUGAAUCUCAAUGGAAUAAGAAUAAGACUAUUAUCGAAAAUAUACAGCUGCCGCAUACUUUAUUGUCGAGGUUUGAUCUCAUUUUCCUUCUUCUAGAUCCCCAAAAUGAGCUCUUUGAUAAAAGAUUAGCUAAUCAUCUAGUAUCACUUUAUUAUAGAACGAGGCAAGAGGAUGAUGAUGAAAUUUUAAAUAUGUCAAUACUGCGAGAUUAUUUAUCUUAUGCAAAAGAACAUAUCCAUCCAAAAUUGAACGAAAAUGCGUCGCAAAAAUUAAUUCAGGCUUAUGUGGAUAUGCGAAAAAUUGGAUCUGGUAGAGGACAGAUUUCUGCGUAUCCGAGGCAGUUGGAAUCAUUAAUUCGACUUGCUGAAGCUCACGCUAAAGUUAGAUUUAGUCAAAAAGUUGAAGUUGAAGAUGUGGAAGAAGCCUGGAGACUCCACAGAGAGGCACUUAAGCAGUCAGCAACAGAUCCUAUCUCUGGUAAAAUUGAUGUAGGAAUUUUAGCAACAGGUCUAAGUAGUACGGCCCGUAAAAGACGUGUGGAGCUUGCCCAGGCAUUAAAAAAGUUGAUCGACGAGAAAGGAAAAGUGCCUACUCUAAAUUAUCAGAAACUUUUUACAGAGCUCAAAGAACAAUCUAAUGUGAUGAUAACCAGAGAGCAAUAUGAAGAUGCUUUGAAGGAGUUGCAAGACGAUGGUCUAAUUGCUAUUUUAGGAAAGUCAAUACGCAUUUGUAAUAAUAGAGAUUAACUUUCUUAUCCAUGUUAAGUACUAUUAAAAUA